AUGCCCACUCAACCCUACAGGGUCGCCUUCUGGGCGUUCUCCCUAACCACGCUUUUCGCAGCUGCCAUUUCCCAGAUUGCCAUAGGUAAUGCUGGAUUGGAUGCCAGCGCCGCCCACAGCAAUGCUUGCCGUAACAUGCCCGGCGACCGCGACUGGCCGAGCAACGACGCAUGGAGUGAGCUCAAUCACACCGUCCGUGGCAGGCUCAUGCGCGGCCAGCCGCUGGCCCAAGCUUGUCAUGGAGCUACUUUGAAUGCAGGAGCAUGUGUAGCUCUCCAGGACACAUACAAUUUUCCAGAGCUAUAUCUCACCGACCCUGUCAACGUCAUGUCGCCCUACUGGCUCAACAACUCGUGCAGCCCCUAUGCCCCGUAUGCCAGCGCCGACGGCGCCGGCACCUGCACGCUUGGUAAUCUAGCCCCGUAUGCCAUUCGGGUCACGGGCGCUGACGACGUCGUGGCUGGCAUCAACUUUGCCCGGCAACACAACCUUCGCCUCACCAUCAAAAACACCGGCCAUGACGUGCAAGGACGCUCUGCUGGCGCAGGCUCUCUCGGCCUGUGGAUGCACAACCUCAAGGACAUCUCCUUCAUUGACUAUUCCAGUCCAAAGUACCGCGGCAAAGCCGCCCGCAUUGGCGCCGGCAUCGAGGUUGGGGAGGCUUACGAAGCGGCGCACCAAAACGGACUGACCAUCACUGGCGGCACUUGCCCAUCUGUCGGCGUCGCCGGAGGCUGGUUCCCCGGCGGCGGCCAUGGGCCCCUGUCAAGCAUGUACGGCCUGGGCGCCGACACCACGCUCGAGUUCGAGGUCGCGACCGCCGAUGGCACAGUCGUCACCGCCACUCCCGACAACGAGCACUCGGACCUGUACUGGGCGCUGAGCGGCGGCGGACCCGGCAACUACGGUGUAGUGCUAUCCAUCACGGCUAAGGCAUGGCCGGACCAGUCCUUUGCUGGUGCCGCGUUCACCUUCGUCAACACCAACGACGACACCUACUGGCAGGCGAUCCGGGCGCCUCUCCACGGCAUCCGGCUUCAACAGCCAAGCUUCACUAUGAAUUUCGCCACGCUUCCCGGUGGUACACAGGAGAGUUUGAACGAGGCGCUGGCGCCCUACAUGGCGCAGCUCCAGAGCCUGGACGUCCUGAUGGUCGCCAACACCACGACGGUGCACCCCAGCUUCCUGGACCACUUCAACGCCUUCGCCGAAUCGCCUCCCAUCAACAUCACCAUGGCCGCGCGCAUGAUUCCCGCGUCGCUGGUGCACGACGACUCGAAGCUCGACACGCUCGUCUCCACCAUGCGCGCCCUAACAGACGAGCAGGGCGUCUUUGCCCUGGUCUCUAACAACGUGUCCCUGUCCCGCGCCGGCGUCGCACCCGGGUCUAACUCCGUGCUGCCGGCGUGGCGCGACACGCUCUUCCUGGCCAACUUCGGGCGAUACGUGGCAAACGGCCAGUCAUGGGCGGACCUGAGUGCGGAUCAGACCCGCAUCAACAAUUGGCAGACUUUGCUCCGCGAUCAGACGCCCGGCGGCGGCGCAUAUGGCAACGAGGCCACGUUCAACGAUGUCACCUGGAAGGAGGACUACUAUGGUGCAAACUACGACCGUCUGCUCGCCAUUAAGCGCUCAUAUGACCCUGAGGGCCUCUUCUGGGCCAACACUGCCGUCGGCAGCGAUGCUAAUUGGGUUGCGCAGCCCGAUGGCCGUUUGUGUAGGCCCUAG